GGAGAUUUGCCAGGAACACAGCCUUCCUCAGCCUCCCCUCCUCUUCUUCACGCUAUAAAAGGCUCUGAGCAGCUUCCACAGGGUCAGUCCGAGACACCGGCUUCCAGACAGACUCCACUACUCACACACUUGUUUGACUUUCAAGGAAAGUACUCUGGGCUGAGCUGGAAGCACUCGAGAAUAGCAAGACUCGGAAUAAGAUUUUUGAGAACAGAGUCUACUGUAGAGUCCUGAAAUCAUCAACGCUGCAAUGCACGCUCUGGUUUCCAUCGCUCUGCUGUUUCUCGGAGUCAGUUUGUCGGCUUCGCUCUUCCUCCCCGAUUCCCUGGAGCUCAGUCAGUUAAUGCAGCGCUACCAGGAGGAGCUGGAGCCCAACAGCACUAAACCUGAUGCUCCUGUCCGAACCCGCAGAGCCAUCGAGUGGUCGGACCGAGAGGAGAUCCUGAAGCUGCACAACAAGCUGAGAGGAGAGGUUCAACCCACUGCCUCCAACAUGGAGUACAUGAUUUGGGAUGAUGAAUUGGAGAGGUCAGCGACUUCUUGGGCAGAGCAGUGCCAAUGGGAACAUGGACCUCAGGAUCUACUGAUGUCCAUCGGGCAGAACCUGGCAGUGCACUGGGGAAGGUACCGCUCUCCUGCCUACCAUGUUCAAGCAUGGUACGAUGAGGAGAAGGACUACACUUAUCCUUACCCACACGAGUGCAACCCCUGGUGCCCGGAGCGCUGUUCUGGCCCCAUGUGCACCCACUACACACAACUGGUCUGGGCCACGACCAAUCGUGUGGGGUGUGCCGUGCACGUGUGUCCCCGUAUGAACGUAUGGGGAGAGAUCUGGGAGAACGCCGUGUAUCUCGUCUGCAACUAUUCACCCAAGGGAAAUUGGAUCGGGGAAGCACCAUACCAACAUGGCCGCUCCUGUUCCCAGUGCCCACCAAGCUAUGGAGGAGUCUGUAGAGACAACCUCUGUUAUAAGGGAGACUCUGAACGUCACGAGACUCCAGAUAUGAAUGAGGUGGAAAAACCUCAGGAGCCGAUUCAGCCCCGAACUACUCCCCCCAAACCCCAGCCCAAACCGUCAUCGCCCAAAAAACCUGCAAAUGCCAAACCUUCCUCACCAAAGACCACCAGAAAUCUGGCCCAAAAUAUCAAGUGUGAGACAAAAAUGAGAGACAAGUGUAAAGGAGCAACCUGCAAUAGGUACAACUGCCCAGCAAACUGCUUAAAUAAAAAGGGGAAAGUAUGGGGAACGCUGUAUUAUGACGUUCAAUCAAGUAUUUGCCGUGCUGCUAUUCACCAUGGAGUAAUUGAUAACAAUGGAGGCCUUGUGGACGUCACUAGAAAAGACAGCUUCCCGUUCUUUGUAAAGGCAACCAAAAACGGUGUCGAAUCCUUUAGUAAAUAUAAAGCUGGCAAUGCAUUUAUGGUGUCAAACGUGGAAGAGCAAACAAUAGACUGCUACGCUACAGUGGCUGAGAUUUGUCCCUUCAAGUCGACCACCUCGCAUUGUCCAAGAGUGUUCUGCCCUGCAAACUGCAUUAAUGAACCUUCAUAUUGGGCUCCAGUGGUCGGCAGCAACAUCUACGCUGAUGGCUCCAGUAUCUGCCGAGCGGCAAUCCACGCUGGAGUGAUCAAAGCCAGCGGAGGAUAUCUGGAUCUCCUGGCUCUGGAUAAGAGGAAAACUUACACCGGCACCUUGAAGAAUGGCAUUCAGUCGGAGAGUAAAUCCAAUACAGAAGGUGGUUCUUUCCGUGUGUUUGCUGUCAGAGAGUGAGAUGCCUCUGAUGGGACACAAAAAGUCUCCUGAUUUGCUUUAGAAGGACAGGACAUGUCAACGUGGAAUGUAACUCUUCACAUUCGCUGCCGUUUGGAGGAAAGACGCCUUUUACCGAAGACCAAAGGAUCCUUCAGUCUUUCUGCUAUUCAAUCAACGGGCUUCCAGAGGUUUUAUAUACAGUACAAUUUCGAACGAUCUCAUUGUAUCAUAUCGACCGCAUUCUCUUAACAACAUGCAGUGCGGUAGGAAUGGUGUUUUAACAGCGGUGCUGGUUUUAAUCGUUGUUGAUUUUGAUUUUCAGAUCAAGUUUUUUUUUUUAGAUUUUUUUAAAAGUGUUUUAAAUAUAUGCGAAAUCGCUCAUUUGUCAUUCAGAAUGAUUAUUGAUCACCGUGUAUUUAACCUGUACAGAUUUUAUAUUGAAUUCCUCAUAUGUUUUUUAACUUUUUUACUUUAUUUAAAAGAAUGUUUUUGGAAGCCAAACCGGGAACAGAGCUCAACAUUCGCAAAAAAAAAAGUUACUUUUGCUUCUUAUUCAAACUACUUAUUUUAAAUGAGUUGAAUCAACACAAUUCCUAUGUUCUUUUGGGGGAGACAACUUAAAUGUUUUAUGUUCAAUCCACUUAAAUUUGUAAACACGAUUAAGUUACUUUAUCGGUUUGUGUUGGGACAACAUAAAGGAAUUGUGUGGAACCCUGCUUCUUUUAAAUAUAUAUACUUUAUUGCACAGACAAGUAAAAUACAGAAAUAUACAACAGAAAACAACACAUUGUCUGCAUUUUACCCUGCAUUUCUAGUGUUUACAAUCUACUUUUUUAAAAAAGUAUUUAUUGGACAAAAUCCUCUGCUCUGAACCAAACAGAGACUAAUUAAAACAUUACAAAUCGUAACAAAUGCUUUAUUCAUUCAUUCUCUUUUCGGCUUAGUCCCUAUAUUAAUCCGGGGUCGCCACAGUAGAGUAAACCACCAACUUAUCCAGCACAUGUGUUACGCAGCGGAUGCCCUUCCAGCCGCAACCCAUCUCUGGGAAAUAUCCAUACACACACACUACAGACAAUUUAGCCUUCCCAAUUCACCUGUACCGCAUGUCUUUGGACUGUGGGGGAAACCAGAGCACACCCACGCGAACGCAGGGAGAACAUGCAAACUCCACACAGAAACGCCAACUGACCCAGCCGAGGCUUGAACCAGCGACCUUCUUGCACUACCUACUGCGCCACUGCGUAGCCAGAAAUGCUUUAAUGUUAAAACUAAUUUCUCUGUAAAGUAUAUGAAUGUUAUUAACCUCCCAGUUGUGCCUAACUCUCAAACUUUGUUUAAAAUGAGCUGAAACAACACUAUUAUUGAGAUUUUGUUGAGACAACUUAAUUUUUUUAUGUUCAAUCCACUUAAAUUGGUUAAAUCUGUAAAGUUAACUUAAUCGAUUUGUGUUAGGACAUUCAUUCAUUCAUUUUCCUUCAGCUUAGCCGCUUUAUUCAUUAGGGGUCGCCACAGCGGAAUGAACCACUAAUUCAUUCCAGCAUGUUUUACGCAGUGGAAUUCCCUUCAAGCUGCAACCCAGUACUGGGAAACACCAUACACUCUCACAUUCACACACAUUCUCAUACACUAUGGCCAAUUUCAGUCAUUUCUUUUUGGCUUAGUCCCUUUAUUAAUCAGGGGUCGCCGCAGCGGAAUGAACCGCCAACUUAUCCAACAAAUGUUUUACGCCGCGGAUGCCCUUCCAGACGCAAUUUAGUACUGGGAAACACCCAUACACUCUCACAUACACACUCUCAUACACUACGGACAAUUUAGUUUAUUCAACUCACCUGUAACGCAUGUGUUUGGGACUGUGGGGGAAUCCGGAGCACCCGGACGAAACCUACAGCAACAUGAGGAGAGUAUGCAAACUCCACACAGAAAUGCCAACUGACCCAAUCGGGACUCAAACCUGCAACCUUCUUGCUGUGAGGCAACAGUGCUAACCACUGAGCCACCGUGCCGUGUGUUGGGACAAUAUGAAUGAAUUGUGUGGAACCAGUGAAUAGCGGUUGUAUUUAAGUGUGUAAAGUGCAUUAAGAGGGAUCUGUUAGACCUGGACUGUGCAAAUAGACGCAGAAAAAUGGGAAAGGAGAAGAAAAAAAAGAGGCAGACCUCCAAGCAAAAGAGACCUUUCCUUCAUAAUGCAUGUGAGCCUUCCAGAAUCAACACUGCUCAGCCAUUAUGGUGAAGGUGCAAAAACACUGAAACAAUGUGGCGUCCCUGGACAAUUCAGAGUCAGCGAGUGCAUGUUUAGGCUCAUCUUUCAUUAUAGUACCUUCAUUUUUUGUUAUUUAUUAUUAUGCCUCCUUCGGCCUCUGCAUAUUCUGUGGAGCGGAACCAAAUAUUUAUGAACGUGACACCUGAUAUGUGCUCGCUUGAGAGUAGUUUGUAACAUAUUCCUGUUUAGUUAAACGCUAUAUACAAUACAAACCAGAGUCCCGUCAUUACUGCCAAAAGAAAUUUCAUUAGAUUUUUUUUUCCUCCUUCCUUCAACUUAGCCCCUUAUGCAUCAGGGAUCGCCACAGCUGAAUGAACCGCUAACUAUUCCAGUGUAUGUUUUACACAGCAGAUGCCCUUCCAGCUGCAACCCAGUACUGGGAAACACCUAUACACACUCACAUUCACACACUUAUACACUACGAGCAAUUUAGUUGAUUCAAUUCACCUACAACGCAUGUGUUUGGACUGUGGGGGAAACCGGAGCACCCGGAGGAAACCCACAUGAACACGGGGGGAACAUGCAAACUCCACACUGAAAUGCCAUCUGACCCAGUCGGGACUCAAACCAGCGACCUUCUUGCUAUGAGGUGACAGUGCUAACCACUGAGCCACCGAACAUCCAUUUGUUUAAAACACUUUUAUACGGCGACGUAAUAAAAAGGUACUUAAGCUGAAAGCAACUAAAGCCGUGCCUUCUGAGAGGAAAGAGACGGCUGUUUGUCGGCUUAUCUUAAUGCAUAUUUCUCAGUUGGAUCACGUUCAGAGUUCAGGAUUUGGAUGAAUGUGGAUGUUCUUAUAAGGAAUAAGGGCCGUGGAGCACAAUAAUCCCUUUCAAGGCUUCCGCAUGUUUUUUCGCAGAUUUUUUACUCUUCACCCACACUGUAAAAAGCGAUUAGUUGACGUUACUUUAAAAAAAACCCCAGUAAAUUCAUUGUCUAAUAAGUAUUAAGUAAACAAACUAUGUGCAUAGUCAUAAAUGUUAAGUUUACUGAAUUUUUCCCAGUACUGUGUUGCGGCUGGAAGGGCAUCCGCUGUGUGAAACAUAUGCUGGAAUAGUUGGCGGUUCAUUCCGCUGUGGCGACCCCUAAUAAAUAAGGGACUUAUUAUUAUUAUUAU